GGGCCCGAGCGAGCAGCGGCGAGAGCAGCUCCUCAGCUUGCGCCUGUCCGCGUCCCGGCGCGUAUCGGCCGACCGUGAGGGCCGCGUCUGAGUGCGUUGUGUGUUUACCGCGAUGAAGUGAAUAGUGAGUUGUGUGUGUGUGUGUAAUGUGUGAAGUGUUCGAACCUCAAAUGUGUUACUCACGUGAAUGUGGCAGUGUUUGCAAGAAGGUGGCGAGAAAGGAAACAUCAGUGUUCAGUGUUUGCGUGUGUGGUGGUUUUUAAUGUGAUAAAAAUAAAUAUUGGAUGCGGUGUGUGAGUGGAACAAGAUAAUGUAAAGUGUUUACCUAAGUGGAUACCGUACCCCGACAUGAGGCCUGUGGAUUACCUCCUGGUUUCUACCGCUUUGGUGCUGCUCCUUUGGAAUAACGUCCCGGUCGUCCAUGGAAUUGUGUCGUGCUCGCCCAACCCGUGCAGGAAUGGGGGCGCUUGCGUCACGUCGGCGCGCGGGGAGCUGCAGUGCAACUGCACCUCCCAGUACGUCGGCGAGUACUGCCAGCACCUGAACCCCUGCCACACGGGCCCCGGACCACGCUGUCAGAACGGGGGCUCGUGCCAUGUGAGGUCGUCGCCGCAGGCGUCCUUCUGGUGCGAGUGCCCCGUCGGCUUCACCGCCUCCCUCUGCGAGAUCAAGCUCGAGAACGCCUGCGACUCGUCGCCAUGCCAGCACGCCGGCACCUGCCAGCUGUCCUCGCUGCACGAAUACACCUGCAGCUGCGCCCUCGGCUACGCCGGUCGGCACUGCGAGCGCCAGGACUAUUGCGCCAGCUCGCCAUGCAAGAACGGCGCCGACUGCACGUCCCUCGAGUCGACGUACAAGUGCUCGUGCGCGCCGGGCUUCCGGGGCGCCACAUGCAGCGAGGACAUCGUCGAGUGCCUGUCGGCGCCCUGCGUGCACGGCAAAUGCUUCAACACGCACGGCUCGUACACGUGCAUGUGCGACCCCGGCUACACCGGCAAGGACUGCGAGAGCGCCUACAUCCCCUGCAGCCCGUCGCCGUGCCAGAACGGCGGCACCUGCAAGCAGCUCGACUCGCUCAGCUACGUCUGCGCGUGCCCUAAAGGUUUCCGAGGUCCCAACUGCGAGGAGAACGUGGACGACUGCCCGGGCCAUCUGUGCCAGCACGGCGGCGAGUGCGUGGACGGCGUCAACGGCUACACCUGCCGCUGCCCGGCCGCGUACACGGGCGAGCGCUGCGAGCAGGACGUGGACGAGUGCUCGCUGCGCCCGUCCGUCUGCCACAACGGCGCCACCUGCACCAACACGGCCGGCUCCUUCUCCUGCAUCUGCGUCAACGGCUGGACCGGGCCCGACUGCUCCGUCAACAUCGACGACUGCGCGGGCGCGGCCUGCUUCAACGGCGCCACCUGCAUCGACCGCGUCGGCAGCUUCUACUGCCGCUGCACCCCUGGCAAAACUGGUUUGCUGUGCCAUCUGGAUGACGCGUGCACGUCCAACCCCUGCCACGCGGACGCCAUCUGCGACACGUCCCCGAUCAACGGCUCGUACACCUGCAGCUGCGCCUCGGGCUACCGCGGCGUCGACUGCUCCGAGGACAUCAACGAGUGCGAGCAAG